CAAACCAAUGAUCACAAUGGUUAGAUAACAAAAAACUUCAAUAAUGAAACUAGUCGAACUUGAGAUGAGAGAAGGAGAUGCGAGAAAGUAUAUAGGUCAAAACCAUUGGUUAUCAAAUGUUGGAUCCACUAAAGAAGAGCGAGUUGAAUGGGUAUCAAAGCGUAUGCUUGAUUCAAAUCCGGGUCAGAUGUGGUUGUUGCCAUAUCAUAAGGGAAAGAAUUGGAUGCUUAUAAUAAUUGAUUUUGAUCACCAAUUGUGCUAUUUCCUGGAUUCUCUUCACAAUUUUCCACCAGAUGAAAUAAAAUCUCUCAUUUCUCGUGUCUUUCAACAUUUACACACAAAUAAUGCAAAAACUAAGGAAGUCGCGUGGAGAACAGUUAAGUGUCCUCGUCAACCAUUACAAUCAGUACAAUGUGGGUCCUAUGUUAUGAGGAUGAUGAAGGACUUCGUGACAAAUGAGUUUUCAAUGCGAUGGCUAACUAGUAAUUGUGGCGGGAAGAACUAUUACACAAAGGAUGAGAUCAAUGAAGUACGUGAAGAAUGGGCACAAUGCGUCAUGGAUUUGAUGAGUACUACAUAGGUCCACUCACUUUUGUUAACUUAGACUUUUAAUGAGAUAUACUUACAAUGUUAACUUAGACUUUCUUGAAGAUAUACACACUUUUGUUGCCUAACUAUAGUUUACAAUGCUUAUGUGAGUCAUUUUGUAAUUAACUUAAGACUCGUUAUUUUAGAUACUUAGUUCAAAUUCUAGUAUUUUAUAUUA